AUUGAAACCAACUUCAACAAUAUAACCUAGUCCUGCAACGAACAGCUUCGCUGAACAAAAUUCAUUGAGUCGUUGAAAGAUCCUUGUGGACACAUCCGACACAUAUUGUCAUGUCAUCCUUCAGUGGUCCACCGACUGAGCUUCAGUGCUGUAUAUGUCUGGAUGUGUUCAUUGAUCCAGUCAGCACUCCAUGCGGACACAACUUCUGCAAGACCUGUCUCAAUAAACACUGGGACAACAGCCAGACCUGCAGCUGUCCGUACUGUAAAGAGACAUUCAAGGAAAGACCCGAUCUCAAGAUUAAUACCACACUUCGAGAGCUCGUAGAUCACUAUAAAAAGAAACAUCCACAGGUUUUGUGUGAUUUCUGUGAGGAAAGAAAGCUGAAAGCCCUGAAGUCAUGUCUGGUGUGUCAGGUGUCUUACUGUGAAACUCACCUGGAGCCUCAUUUGAGAGUGACAGGUUUAAAGAAACACAAACUGAUAAAGCCUGUGAGUAAUCUGGAGGACUAUAUAUGUCAGAAACAUGAGAGACCUCUGGAGCUGUUCUGUAGAGAUGAUCAGAUGUGUGUGUGUCUGAUGUGCUCUGUGAUAGACCACAAGAACCACAGCACUGUUCCUCUAGAAGAUGAAAUUAAAGAGAAGAAGACAAAGAAGGACUUGCAGCAGAUGAUCCAGGACAGAUUAAAGAAGAUUCAAGAAAUCAAACAGUCAGGAAAGAGAUUUUAUACUGAACUUCAGGAGAUGAUGAAGGACCAGCAGAAAGCAGCAGAGAAACAGGAGCAAGACUUCAUUAAAGAUCUGGAGCAGGAGAUCACCGCAUUAAAGAUGAGAAACACUGAGCUAGAGCAACUCUCACACACUGAAGAUAACCUCCACCUCCUACAGAUUUACUCAUCCCUUCACAGAUCUACAAACACCAGCAACUGGUCUGAGAUCAGCGUGAAGCCUCACCAGAGUCUGGAGAAUCUGAAAGGAGCAGUGACUCAACUGCAGGAAACUCUAGAUCCGAAGCUUAUACAAACUGUGCUAAAGUGGAUGCAGCAGUAUGCAGUGGAUGUGACUCUGGAUCCAGAAACAGCUCAUCCUAAACUCAUCCUGUCUGCAGAUAGAAAACAAGUGACACAUGGAGACAUUUGGCAGAGUCUUUCAGACAACCCAAAAAGAUUUGAUAGAUAUACAAAUGUCUUGGGAGUUGAGGGAUUCUCCUCAGGGAGAUUUUAUUUUGAGGUGCAGGUGAAGGGUAAAAUUGAAUGGGAAUUAGGAUUGGCUCAAGAAUCUGUUAAAAGGAAGGGAGUGAUCACACUGAAUCCCAGUAAUGGUUACUGGACUGUAUGCCUGAAGAAAGGGAAUGAAUAUGCUGCUCUCUCUGAACCCCCUGUAGCUCUGGAUUUAAAAGUGAAGCCGCAGCAGAUCGGUGUGUUUGUAGAUUAUAAGGAGGGUCUGGUCUCUUUUUAUGAUGUGGAGUCCAGCUCUCUUAUCUACUCUUUCACUGGUGAGUCUUUCAAUGGGAAACUCUAUCCAUAUUUUAGCCCUGAUCUAAACUAUGAAGGUAAAAACUCAGCCCGAAUGAUCAUCACACCUGUUAAGUACAGUAAAUGAAUAUACCCCCAUCAAAAUAAAAUAUUAUGAAAUUUAAAUUAAUUUAAAAUAUAAUUAAAAUAUAGAAAGUACUAAAGCGUCAUGUUUUUUUUUCUUUUUGCUGCUUCAAUAAUGAAUGAUGAAACUCUUGAUAUUUCUCCAAAACUGAGAUUUUUUUGUGGAACAACAAAGAAUUUUAGCAUUUUCAUAAAAUAAAUGUAAAUGGUGACCAGUGGCUAUACUGUAGGUGAUGUGCAAAAUGUUCACUAGAUGACACUAUAUAGUUUAUAAACAAUUUGGAAAAUCAGGAUUUGUACUAGACAAAUAAAUUCAGAACUUUCUUUAAUAUACUAAGACUUAACUUGAACCUGGUGACUGCCAGCAUAUGUGUGUGUGUUUGUGAGAAUGAGUGUUUGGUUUGUGCAUAUAUAUUUAGAGCAGGGCUGUCCAAACUCAGUCCUGGAGGCUUGGUGUCCUGCAGAGUUUAGCUCCAACCUUAAUUAAACACACCUGAAGCAGCUAAUCAAGCUCUUAUAGUCCAAUCUAGAGCUCAUGAAUGCAUGUACUAGCUUCUCUGCAUCAGAUACUGGUAACUUGAAGCUUGACAAUGUUGCUAAGAAGAAAGAAUGCUGUUCUUACAGGGGAAAUGUGAUUUUUAAAAGACAAAUUGCUGUUUAAUAUAAUACCCAGAUUGUUGUUUUAUGCCAUCUUGUUUUGAAUAAAAAUGUUUUGAUUUCUCCUAA